UAUCUAUAUUAAUGUAAAAGCUAUAAGCUUAAAAAAAUGUUAAUCAAGAUAUUCAGGGGCAAUAAUUUGUUUAUGGGUUUUCGGUUACUUUCGGUUAACUUAUCAAUGAUAAAAAUACUUUUAAAGACCUUGAAAAUGGAAAAAAAUUAAUUUUGAUGAUGACCUUGACCUUUGACCUUGACCUCAUUUUGAAGGUCAAAGGUCAUCGGUCUUAAUGCAAGUGGUCCCAUGUCUCUAUCUAUAUUAAUAUAAAAGUUAUAGGCUUAGAUAAUGAUAUUGGAGACUUUCAGGGGCAAUAACUAUGCUUAAGGGUUUUCGUAUCCCUUUGAUUAUUUUUUCUUUGCAAGAGGGUUUUACUGUGAAUUCAUUAGUGAAGGUUUCGUGUCUCUAUGACUUUUCGUUAAGCAGGAGUAGCGAUAACAAGGUUUUCGACGCGAGUCUCCGAAAUUCACAGAAGGGUCAGAGUUCAAAGUUGUAAUGCAUACUAUCAAAACCAAUCAAGAAUUCAAUACUUACCCAUAUAAUAUUUCAAUGCUAUCUUAAGCAGGAAAGAGAGUAUAAAAAGUGCUAUUUUUUCCUCUUUUCUGAUGACCUUGACCUUUGACCUUGACCUAAUUUUCAAGGUCAAAGGUCACCGAUCCUAUUCCAGUUGGUCCCAUGUCUCUACAACAAACCGUGCUCAAGCUCGACAUGUUUUACGAAUAAAUCGCAAAACAUAGAGAGGCAUUAACUCCCCUUAGGGGACACCGAAUCCCUUCAUUUUAAAUUCUUCGCUUCUACUAAUUACCCUCUAUGUUUUAGAAAAGGUUUCAUCCUCCUAUCAUUUACGGUUACAAAGUAGAAGUGCUAACAAUGAUUUCUGCGAAAGGUCAAAUAACUCCGUAAGGGGUCAAAGUUCAAUUACGCAGGGUGAACUGUAUUCGUUUCUCAAGAAGUACUAUAUGAUGGACUAUAAAGUUUUUCGAUAAGUUUUAAGACGAAGAUUUUUUUUGACGGCAGGAAAAUAAUAAUAAUAAUAACUAGUGAUCCUAAUUGUUCGCGAACAAUUAGAGGGCUUCCCACCUUCUAGCGGUUUUUCAGUAGUGUUGAAAUGCUAAAAGCCCCCAGCCCCCCUACCCCAUCCCACCCUCACCCAAAAAAAAAAAAAAAAAAAAAAAAAAAAUUGAUUUGGCUAGAAAAGAAAUUCAAAUUUGCCGCCUAAAUUUGAGUGUUGAGGUGUGUUCAAUGCUUGGUUUCGCAUUAAGUACCCGUCAAAUUUGAGGGAGAAAAGGGGUGUGGGUGUUGGGUAGCCAGCACAUAUGCACAUAUCAGGUAAAAGUGUAAUGGGACUUGUGCAGGUGUUUGGGGUGACUUUAGACCUGUUAGAUGUGAUAUUUGGAGGUGCAAAGAAACCGGAUGUGCCAUUUUCCUAGAUUGUAGUAACUGCUGGUGCAUGCUGGGAGUCUAUACAAGCCUCAUGUUGUCAGAUGUUGUGAAGAUGCACUGGAUUUGACCGUGUGUGUUGUGGAUUGUGGAAUUGAAUAUACAGUUUGUAAUGGCUCAUCCUAUGUGUUCUAAUUCACGGAGACAAUGUCUUUCAGUCAUUUCACCCAAGGAGGCAUGCAUAUACGGAUUGAUAGGCUUUGACAACAAACAACCAAAAUGGCGGCCGGUGAAUUAGAAAGUGUCUGAGUGCAUGUAGGAUAUCUGAACGGAGAAUAGGAGUACUGCAUCCCAUCUGAUCCUGCAGUCAUUUCACCCAAGGAGGCAUGCAUAUACGGAUUGAUAGGCUUUGACAACAAACAACCAAAAUGGCGGCCGGUGAAUUAGAAAGUGUCUGAGUGCAUGUAGGAUAUCUGAACGGAGAAUAGGAGUACUGCAUCCCAUCUGAUCCUGCAGGUAAGUGUUUAUUUGUUUACAAUGACAGUGGGGAUGGAAUGUCAAUGAGUUCAACUGUCAAGUAAAGUUGCAUCAUCAUUAUAAAAAAAAAAAACUUAGUCUUUAUGUUGAUGCAGGCAGACAAUUGAAUCUGGCCUAUGUCUUUUCAUGAAUGUAAAUGGAAUUCAUGUUUGAUUGACAAGACAGUCAAGAAAUGGAAGAAGUGGGUGUAGGUCAGAUGUGUAGGUGUAGGUCAGAUUAGCUAGAAUCCUGUAAUUGUUGCAUGGCAUGAGACCGGUCAAAAUAGUGUAUUAUAAACAGCUGAUCACAAUCAGAUCACUUGAAGGGUGGGGGAUUUCUUCCUUGGGGACGACAGGCGUGAUGGGUGGGUUGGCCUUACUCGUGGAGACUGGCCCCUGGAUGCGUGACCUUGACCUUUGACCUUGACCCACUUUCAAGGUCAAACCUCAAAAAUCCUGUUGUUGGGCAUGAAACCGGUCAAAAUAGUGUAUUAUAAACAGCUGAGGACAGACAGAUCACUUGAAGGGUGGGGGGUUUCUUCCUUGGGGACGACAGGCGUGAUGGGUGGGUUGGCCUUACUCGUGGAGACUGGCCCCUGGAUGCGUGACCUUGACCUUUGACCUUGACCCACUUUCAAGGUCAAACCUCAAAAAUCCUGUUGUUGGGCAUGAAACCGGUCAAAAUAGUGUAUUAUAAACAGCUGAGGACAGACAGAUCACUUGAAGGGUGGGGGGUUUCUUCCUUGGGGACGACAGGCGUGAUGGGUGGGUUGGCCUUACUCGUGGAGACUGGCCCCUGGAUGCGUGACCUUGACCUUUGACCUUGACCCACUUUCAAGGUCAAACCUCAAAAACCCAUGGGGGAGAAAGUGUGACUUUGACCUUGACCUGAUUUUGAAGGUCAGAGAGGUCACGGGGCUUCGUUUAAGUGGUCCCGCAUCCCUAUCUACAUCCGUGAAGAAGUUGUGGGCUCGAACGACGACGUCGGAGACUUUCGGGGGCGAGAACCGUGCUUCGGGGUUCUCGGUUUCCCUCGGUCAACUUUUCUGUGCGAGAGCGUUUCAUCUGGAAUUCGUCGGUGAAGGUCUCGCCUCUCCACGACUUGCGGUCUAGUGAGAGUAGCGAUAACGGGGUUUUCGACGUUAAGUCGCCGCCAUUCGCAGAGUGGUCAAAGUUCAGAGUUGACAUUCGUGAUGCCGAGACCGGUCCAAAAUUCCUUGCUGACCCAUGUGAUAUUUCGAUGCUAUCUGAAGCGUGAAAGAGCGUAUAAAAAGUGCCAUUUUCUGGCCAUUCUGGAUGACCUUGACCUUUGACCUUGACCUACUUUUUCAAGGUCAAGGUCACCCAACCCGUCCCAGUGGGUUCCGUCUCUCUACGACGAAGACUUUAGGAGUCUUCAAUUUGUAGGGGACAAAUCGCAAAACAUGAGGGGGCAUUAACUCCCUUUAGGGGACACCGAAUCCCUUCAUUUGAAAUUCUUCGCUUCUACUAAUUACCCUCUGUGUUUUAGAAAAGGUUUCAUCCUCCUAUCAUUUACGGUUACAAAGUAGAAGUGCUAACAAUGAUUUCUGCGAAAGGUCAAAUAACUCCGUAAGGGGUCAAAGUUCAAUUACGCAGGGUGAACUGUAUUCGUUUCUCAAGAAGUACUAUAUGAUGGACUAUAAAGUUUUUCGAUAAGUUUUAAGACGAAGAUUUUUUUUGACGGCAGGAAAAUAAUAAUAAUAAUAACUAGUGAUCCUAAUUGUUCGCGAACAAUUAGAGGGCUUCCCACCUUCUAGCGGUUUUUCAGUAGUGUUGAAAUGCUAAAAGCCCCCAGCCCCCCUACCCCAUCCCACCCUCACCCAAAAAAAAAAAAAAAAAAAAAAAAAAAAUUGAUUUGGCUAGAAAAGAAAUUCAAAUUUGCCGCCUAAAUUUGAGUGUUGAGGUGUGUUCAAUGCUUGGUUUCGCAUUAAGUACCCGUCAAAUUUGAGGGAGAAAAGGGGUGUGGGUGUUGGGUAGCCAGCACAUAUGCACAUAUCAGGUAAAAGUGUAAUGGGACUUGUGCAGGUGUUUGGGGUGACUUUAGACCUGUUAGAUGUGAUAUUUGGAGGUGCAAAGAAACCGGAUGUGCCAUUUUCCUAGAUUGUAGUAACUGCUGGUGCAUGCUGGGAGUCUAUACAAGCCUCAUGUUGUCAGAUGUUGUGAAGAUGCACUGGAUUUGACCGUGUGUGUUGUGGAUUGUGGAAUUGAAUAUACAGUUUGUAAUGGCUCAUCCUAUGUGUUCUAAUUCACGGAGACAAUGUCUUUCAGUCAUUUCACCCAAGGAGGCAUGCAUAUACGGAUUGAUAGGCUUUGACAACAAACAACCAAAAUGGCGGCCGGUGAAUUAGAAAGUGUCUGAGUGCAUGUAGGAUAUCUGAACGGAGAAUAGGAGUACUGCAUCCCAUCUGAUCCUGCAGUCAUUUCACCCAAGGAGGCAUGCAUAUACGGAUUGAUAGGCUUUGACAACAAACAACCAAAAUGGCGGCCGGUGAAUUAGAAAGUGUCUGAGUGCAUGUAGGAUAUCUGAACGGAGAAUAGGAGUACUGCAUCCCAUCUGAUCCUGCAGUCAUUUCACCCAAGGAGGCAUGCAUAUACGGAUUGAUAGGCUUUGACAACAAACAACCAAAAUGGCGGCCGGUGAAUUAGAAAGUGUCUGAGUGCAUGUAGGAUAUCUGAACGGAGAAUAGGAGUACUGCAUCCCAUCUGAUCCUGCAGUCAUUUCACCCAAGGAGGCAUGCAUAUACGGAUUUAUAGGCUUUGACAACAAACAACCAAAAUGGCGGCCGGUGAAUUAGAAAGUGUCUGAGUGCAUGUAGGAUAUCUGAACGGAGAAUAGGAGUACUGCAUCCCAUCUGAUCCUGCAGUCAUUUCACCCAAGGAGGCAUGCAUACGGAUUUAGGCUGAGUGACAAAUUACCCCAAACAAAAUGGCGGCCGGGGUUUCAAGGAAAAGUUUCUGAGUGUAGGAUCUGAACGGAGAAUAGGAAUACUGCAUCCCAUCUGACCCUGCAGUCAUUUCACCCAAGGAGGCAUGCAUACGGAUUUAGGCUGAGUGACAAAUUACCCCAAACAAAAUGGCGGCCGGGGAAAGGAAAAGUUUCUGAGUGUAGGAUCUGAACGGAGAAUAGGAAUACUGCAUCCCAUCUGACCCUGCAGAUAAAGUAUGGUCCAUUCUUCACAAUAGUCUAUUAUGUUCAUCAUCAACGAAGCCUGCUUCCACACCAGACACGACACCACUGAGACUGAUAGUAGGUUAUAUGAGGGGCGGAUCGUCCUUGACAGGUGACAUCUUACGUCAUACAGAAGGUGAUUUCUACAUCUUUGAACCUUUACACGGUUUAUCACAAGCUGGACGGAAGUUCAACACAACACAAUACUUAAAUGGAACAAACCGAUCAAUUUUAACCCCGGAUCACUACGCGGUAUAUACAGAGCUGCUUUACCAUUGGUUUACCUGCAACUUUGAUCACAUCGAUUUGAUUUCUCUGACAGAUCCUUUUCUAAGAAUAUUCACACCAGAACAUAAGAAGUAUAACGACUGUAUAAAGCAAAAUCACAACCAAAGUCGGAUACAAAUUGUGAAGAAUUGCACUGCAUUGUUAAAUGAACGGUGUAGAAACGCAAAAUCUAGAACAAUAAAAACCAUUCGAAUUUCGGUAUCCAUGGCGGGAAUACUUUUAAAAUGGCUUCCUAAUCUGAGGAUUGUUCACUUGAUACGAGACCCACGAGGUACAGUAAACUCGAGGUUUGAACAACAUUUAAACGACAGCUCUGAAUUGUCUACGUCAGCUAAAGAUUUGUGUAACUGUAUUUCUUCGGAUUUGGCCGUUUUUAGUGAAUUAGAACGUUGCCAUCAAGAUAGAAUGAUGCGUGUUAUAUAUGAGAAUUUAUGUCAAAAUCCGCAUAUCGUUGUACUACAAAUAUAUUCAUUUCUUGGUGUCAGAUAUACAGAAAAUGUCAAAAAAUACGUGCAGAGGAUAUUUAACGGACCCUCUAAAAAAUGUCACUACUGCACGGAUCGAGGGAAAGCGAUUUCAAACGCAUAUAGAUGGAUGUCUGUUAUUCAAGAACAAACUUUAGAAAUCAUUGAUUAUCACUGUUCUUUAUUGUAUUCACAAUUAGGAUAUCAGAACUUAGAAUAUGAUACACUAAACAUAACACGCGUUUCGUGGCUUCCUACCGAAACCACAGUCUAGAUGCAUACUCUGUGAAAAGAAUCUCAUUUUUUUUUUUUUAAAAAGAUGAUUGACCAUAGGCACUUGACGUUCGGACCUACCUACAUUGAUCCACCAAACCUCUUUUUAAUGUGUAAAAUCACAAUAAAGAAUUUUUUUUAUA